UUUAUGGAUUUUACAUACAUCAUUCAACAUUCUACCGAAGCUUAAUUGAAUAGUUCAAUUUAUCCGCUCUCCCUUAUCACAAAGUUUUCUGAGAUUAUAAAGAAACUCAUCUUUGCGACAGCUCGCAAAGGCUAUAGCGCAAUUAGAGAUGGCAAACUCUGACGAGGAUGUUAGACACGCAUGGACUCCCACCCGCGAGGAAUAUACUCAGAUAUGGAAUGAGUCCCGCUUGUCUAUCCCGCCCUUCUUACGCAUACCAGCUGCUGCCAUGACAGCUUUUGGUGUGGGCAUGACAUUAGGUCUUGCGCAUGGCAGUAAGACGGUGGGUUUACGUUUUAGAGCCGAAAAUGCUCAUCGGCUUCCUAGGUCUACCACUGGAUGGUACCUUUAUCAUAAGAGCAAGAAUUAUCACUUAGCAUUAGGUGGGCUGAAGGAAGGCUUGAAAGUCGGAGCAAGGCUUAGCAUUUUAAGCACUGCUAUGUUUUGCGCCGAGAACCUGUUUGAUGUUUAUCGAGGAACCAAGGAUCUUUUCAGUACUGUCAUGGCCAGUCUAGCCGUAGCUGGUGGCUUCAGUUUUUGGAAUCGUUUUUCGGCUGCCGAGACUGCAAGGACUGCUAGGAAAGGCUUGAAAUUUGGGCUUGCAUACGGUGCCGUUCAAGACCUGCUAUCCCUUGCUAAAGGCCGGCCUGUCGGAUACGUCGAGUUUAUCCGAAGACAUGUUGGAAAAGCCACUCAACUUGACGAGAAAACGACAUGAGCACAUAAUAUCGGCCUUAUGAGCUAGAAGGAACCGAGAACUCGUCCAAAUCCGUUUAAUGCCGAAUGAUGUUUAGGGAAGUCUAUGUUUUCAUGCGGCCUUAUCUCAAGCGGUUUACCUGCAACUACUGUACUCCGCAUGGGACUUCCGCAUUAACCGCGCCGGGCAAUUCGACGUACAGAAAACCUUAGAACCUUGAAAAUUGCGGGGUUUUACGAUAUGACAGAAACCUCGAAAGCCUCGCGAAAAUAUCCGCAACAAAUUCCAACGGAAUUUGGUAUUCACAAGAUAUAAUCACAAGAUAUAUUCGAAAAUUAACCAUCGGGGCACGUGGCUUACAUACGAAAAGUUACGUUAUAGAUUACUCAAUAGCCCAUUAUUUUGAAUU